AGAGCAGCUGGCGGCAGACGGCAGGCAGACAGUCAGACCGUCUAGCGGGCCUGGCUUGCCUACCUGGCAGCUGCACCCGGUCCUUCACCCAGAGCUGUCACUCCAUCCCAGUUUCACCAGAGCCUCUGUCACUUAAGUUGGAAAUGGGGACAAUGACAGCUCUUCACCGGGUUCCAUAGCUCAACAUGGUCCCCUGGUUCCUCCUGUCUCUGCUGCUACUUGCGAGGCCUGUGCCUGGGGUGGCCUACUCUGUGUCACUCCCGGCCUCCUUCCUGGAGGAUGUAGCCGGCAGCGGGGAAGCUGAGGGUUCUUCAGCCUCUUCCCCGAGCCUGCCGCCGCCUGGGACUCCAGCCUUCAGUCCCACACCGGAGAGACCCCAGCCCACAGCUCUGGACGGCCCCGUGCCACCCACCAACCUCCUGGAAGGGAUCAUGGAUUUCUUCCGGCAGUACGUGAUGCUCAUCGCGGUGGUGGGCUCGCUGACCUUCCUCAUCAUGUUCAUAGUCUGCGCCGCCCUCAUCACGCGCCAGAAGCACAAGGCCACAGCCUACUACCCAUCCUCGUUCCCUGAAAAGAAGUAUGUGGACCAGAGAGACCGGGCUGGGGGACCCCGUACCUUCAGCGAGGUCCCUGACAGGGCACCUGACAGCCGGCAUGAAGAAGGCCUGGACACCUCCCAUCAGCUCCAGGCUGACAUUCUGGCUGCUACCCAGAACCUCCGGUCUCCAGCUAGAGCCCUGCCAGGCAAUGGGGAGGGAGCAAAGCCUGUGAAGGGUGGGUCGGAGGAGGAGGAGGAAGAGGUGCUCAGCGGUCAGGAGGAGGCCCAGGAAGCCCCAGUAUGUGGGGUCACUGAAGAGAAGCUGGGGGUCCCAGAGGAGUCGGUCUCAGCAGAGGCUGAAGGGGUUCCUGCCACCAGUGAGGGCCAAGGGGAAGCAGAAGGGUCUUUCUCCUUAGCCCAGGAAUCCCAGGGAGCAACUGGUCCUCCUGAAAGUCCCUGUGCCUGCAACAGAGUCUCCCCCAGUGUCUAACAGGCCCCAGAACUGCUGGGACCCGAAUGUUGGGUCCUUGAGGGUCACCUCUUUGGUCAAGAAAGGCAUUCAGCUCUAACUGCUCCUUGAUACCACGUGGCUUGGCCAUUGCUGGUGCCAAGGCUGACCCCGAACUGGCAGAGCCGAUGCCCUCUGGUGCACCCCAGGAAACAUCUCCCCAAGUUCCAGCGCCCUUAAUGACUCUUGCCACCCUGGGGGCUUCACCCUAACGCACCACUUCUCUGGAAGGGGAAGGCCAGACACAUGCCAGUUGGGGCUGCAUGAGGCAGUCCUCAGAGCAGAAGGGGACCAGGCCAGAGGCCACCUGUGACGGGGCAAACUGCAUCUCGGCUGUGGAGACCAGAGGGGCUGUUAGAUUUGGAAGACAUCAAUGACUGGGCCUGCGGCGCAGCCCGUGUCUGGUAAUACCAGGGACGGCAGAGGCGUUUGCAUCUUCCCAUCACCUGCAAUGUCGCUGUCACUCUGCCCCUGUUCAGUGGACUUGAUUAGUUAGGAAACUUCUGGAAGGGGCCCCCUACUUUAUAUCACAGAGUUUGCCCUAGACACCCCGUGGAAACACAAACUCAAAAUCAAGUGGCUUUAGGAGCCGCUGUGCCCCUCCACAAGCUGACAUGGCUACUCUAAGGGUUCCUGCUGGGCUGGCUUUGCUACGCUUUCCUCAAGCUGCUUUCUUAUUACCAGGAUGCCUCACAGCUACAAAGUCCAAUCUCACAGCACCCGCACUGGAAAAUACUGUUCUCCAUUUUUUUCCAAGGCACCCUGCUUUAUGAUUGGCUCAGAGUUGGAAUAUGGGAUGCAGGGCGUCUGGCUCUCUCAAGUGUCAAGCAACCCUGGCUUCCGCAUGUGGGGCGAGGGGAGUGAGCAGAACUCUUCUCUGUCAGUCCACGAAGUAGACUAGAAGCCAACGGGUGCCUGGGGGCAACUGACGGUCUGGAUUCUGACGCCCAGCCUGGAGCAGGGGCCUGGCCCAUCCUAUGCUCACACAGUGGUCUGGCAGCCUGAGCCCACACAACUCCUCAGUCCUUGACAAUGCUUAGGCUCUGUUCUGAGGGACUCCCCACACCUCCAUUCAGGGCUCCCCGAGUCCUCAGCUCUUCGGAUGUGGAUAUAUGACACACUAGCAUAAUAAAUCUUGAUCUGGCUUGA